AGUUCUUUUUUUGUUUUUUUUGCUUUUGCUUGUGUGGGUAUAAAUAGAGGGUUUUAGAUUUUAGAUGGUGGUGGUUGUUGGUUGAUUUUGGGUCUCUUUGUUGGGGAGUUUCGUCUGAGUUUUUGAGAGCAAUAGAAGGGGAUUUAGUGGAGAAGAAAGGGGGCAACAACGACUUUCGAGAAGAAGAGGUCAUAUUUCUGGGUUUUUGCUUUAGGUACAUUUCUAAAACAGAGGAUUUCUUUUAGAGGAAAUGGUGAAGGAGAUGAUGGAAGCUUGAUCCCGUGGGUGGGGUUCCUUCCAUCAGAUCCAGACCUGUUUUCCUUUAAAGAAUCCACCGUGCUUGUCUAUUUCUUUUGUCUGUUGAUGAUUCUGUUCUCUUUGUUUAGGAUGUUAAAUUAGUAUAUGUUUGGUUGGAAUGAAAGCAAAUUAAAGAUCGCACAGUUCAUUUUAUCUGAUGAAUGUAAGAUCAUGCAUUAGACAUGGAUUUUACCGAGGAUACAACUAGACAAGGGAAGAGACUUGGGGAAGAUGUCACAUCUCAUUCUACAGCUAAGAAGGUUAAGGAGUCAAUUUGUUUAGUCAAUACCUCCAAGCCUAACUUGAAGUUGCUGAAAGAGGCUUAUGGCUUGUUUUCCUUUAGAGAAAAGCAUGACUUUGAAGUCCAAUUUGGGUGCAUAGGGGAUCUAUUGUUAGUGGUACUAGAUUGGAACUUGUUCCGAGCUAUGUUGAAAUUCUGUGUCCCUCAAUAUCAAGCUUUUGUGUUCCCACACUUUGAGUUGGUGCCCACCAUUGAUGAGUAUCGUCACUUUCUGCGGUGUAGUCCUAUAGUGGAUUCUUCUACCUUCACUCCUCAAGCACAACAUAUGAAGUUCACACUAGAAAAAAUUCAAGAAAUGUUGCAAGCUAUGGGUCCUCAAUUUGAAGCUUUAUUCAGCAUUCUUGUGAAAGAUAAAAAGACGGAGGAUUGGCAUCAAUCACUUCUAGCAGCAACUAUUAAUGAUGUGGGAUUUGUUCUCCCGACAUGGAAUGUUACUCAUUAUCUUGCUCCACUCGAAGGACAUCACUCUAUUCCUUUGUUGGGAAUUCAUGGAAAUGUUACAUAUUCAGUGGAGUUGGCAUCUCUUAAGCUUUCUUUGCCAUGGGAGGUGACGAAUAUGAAAAACUCUACCAUCAUGGACUUAACCGCUAAGUUGGAACUUAGCCAUGCUCAAAGAUGUCGAUUGCUAGAGAAGUAUGAUGAGUUAGCUCUUGAUCAUGAAUUGCUUAAAAGAGGAAAAGAGUUGUCCGAUCAACAAGUGGCAGGGUUGAAAGACAAGAUUGCCUCUUUAGAAAGGGAUUUGGCUACUAGUAAGGAAAUUUGUGGGAAGCAAAAGAGGAGCUUGGAGUUUGCCGAAGAACAACCUCCAAGGCGAAAGGUCUUCAAAAAGCAGCGUUCUCUGUAUUUGCUCAAAUCUAGAGUAACCAAAAUGUUUGAGGAAAAUGCUGCUACUAAUCUAGUGAAAUCAAUCGUGGAUGAGAAGGUUGAUAAGUUGGAAGCUAUAAUGCAAACUAUAGCUGUUACUUUUCAGACCAUUAGUCUCACUUUGUCCACUUUGACUACUGGUUCGGUUCCUUCACCUGCAUCCUUAAUACCCACAAUACUAGUUCCACUUGUCCCUACCAUAACACCAGGUAAUCAUGCUAAAGAUCUUAUGGUCACACAAUUGCAAUUUCCACCUAUUUAUGAGAAUCAACCUCUAGCGAGGGAGUCAUCUUCACAUGCUCCACAAAUAUCAUCUCUAUCCUUUGAAGCCUCAUACCCACCAUUCGAGAUGAACAACCCUACCUUGCCCACAACCACACCUCUUACCCUUAACAUACCACCUUUGAUGGGACAAGUGCCAACUAUUCAACCCAACCUCUCGGUUGCGAUGCUAAGGCUUGCUUUAGAAGAUGGGAAGUCAAGAAAGAUUGAUCACAAGCUGCAGCAGUUAGAAGAGGCUUUAAAGGCUAUGCAAGGGCCGCAAACUUAUGUCAACUAUGGGACCUUCCAUGCAUGGCUAGCUCCUUGUGUCGGAUAUACUUUUGCUCAGCUAAUGACAACGGGUGAACAGAUUAAGGAGGGACAAAAGGCAGGUGUUAUUAUGAACUUUCAAACUAUCCAAAGGCAGUUAGAGCAAGUUAAGAUGGGAAUCUCGGGAUCUACUUUGAAGAGGUUCUCACAUAAAAGGAAGAAAAAAGAUGAGGAAGCUUUGAAUCACAUUUUCACUAGUCAUGUCAAGCCAAUAAAUGCUCCUUACAAUCGGCAGCCUCAAUUACAGCACACUCCGAUCUUCAAGUUUACCACCUACCCUCAAAGGAGGCCAAACUUCGAUGCUCUUGCUCCAACAGUGCAAGCAAACCAUGUGCAACCACCUUAUCCUUACGGGUAUGAUCCACAAGCUAAAUGUGAAUAUCAUAAUGUAACAGGUCAUGGUAUCGAAUAUUGUACAACUCUGAAACAUAAAAUUCAAGAUCUCAUCAAUGAAGGAAAACUCCAACUUGAUGAAACUAAGAGUGCUCCAAGCAUCACUCAGAAUCCUUUACCUCCACAUGGUGCACCCACCAUGAAUAUGAUUACCCUUGAUGAAGUUGAUAGACUCAUAUUGGAGAAUACCGGUUCAUGGUCUCUUGAUGAAUUAUUUGCCAUUUUAAUAGAGUAUGAUCUUAUUCAGCUAAUUGCAUCAAUGAACUCGAAUGUUCCGCCAAUAACAAUUGAUGAUGCUUUGUUUAUGUUUGCUCCAAAGUCAGAGAAAUUCAAAGCACCAGUGACGGAAGAAUACUUCACUAAGGAGAGGCCUUACAUUUUGCAAGAUACUAAAAGGGCACCAGCCAUCAGUCAAAAUUUCCAACAGCCUUAUAUCUUGAAGACCUCUCUUAGUGAGUCAUUCAUGGGAAAGACAUCAUUUGUGGCCAAUAGCUGUCUCCCUUACUCACUUAAGGUUAUGCCUCAACGCCCCGUCAUCUUGAACUCUACAACUAAUGAUGUGUCCACUAUGAACCGUAGUGGUUGAUGCUCUGUGAGUCCCGAGGUGGAAGAAUUGAGAAGGGCUACCUUGAAAUCAAAAGAUAUCAGAAUU